AGCAAGCGGGUAAGCACGUGUACCAAGCAUGGCAAUGUCAUUGACAACGUUAGCAUCUUCGUUUAUCGCCAUCACCGCUGGUAAGUGAGAUAGAUGAAGGAGUCGGUAAUGUGAAAAAGAGAUAGAAAGUAAUGAAAGACUAAUGAAAGAAUGAGGAAAAUGACAGAGAGAACCACGCACAAAGACCGUGGUUCCAAAUCUUAAAUUAAAAAAAAAAAAUGUAAUAUUUUUUUUUUUGGAACCCAUUUUACAGAUCCAUUUCUUAUAGGGCUGCUAUUUAGGGCUAUAUUUUACAAAUGCAGCAAUGUUUAAUACUUUCAUGUAGCGGCUGUGAAGCCCCUGGGACCCUUAUUUGCCUAUCGGAGCACAUAUUUGGAACCACGGGACUCAGCAGAGAGUGACAGGAGAAUAAAAUAUAUAGAUACAUAGACAGAAACAUAGUUGGCCGGUCGAGGUGUCCACCAUGACCGUUCUAAACACCAGGCCUGUUACCGUGGCUGAGCCUGUCCUCAGGUUCGCAAAUGACUGACCAGUUCAAUUCUGGGCACGAAACGUUCUGAUGCACAAGGUGCAGGGGAUGCAUGGGGCAGCUCCAGGUACAGGGUGAGGGUCUGGCUUUUUUAAGGAUUGCCUAUUGUGCUCUGAAGCAUGGGCGUCGGCAACGUUGUGGGUACUAGCGUGCCACAAGUAAGACUUCUAUUCCGAACGUGUGCGAAUAACCUUUAACUCACCAUAAAACCCCGUAUUUUUGGUUCAUGUAUAACUUUCGGGGAGGGGGUGGGUGGGUUUAGUGGGGGGGGGGGGGCGUCUGCCUCGAAAAUAGUUGUAUGAGUCAAGUCUGGCAAGUGUGCCAUAAUUUGCCAACUCUUGAAAUAGAUCAUCUAUUAAAAAACACUCCAGUCCUUAAACAUUGCCAAUAUAUUUCAGUUGUGUGUCUCCCAACCCCGCAUGGUAACAGAUGCGAGACGAUCGGAUGCUAUAAAAUCCUCUCUCCGGUGUGCGGCAGUGACGGCGAAACGUACGCGAACGAAUGCAACCUGAACAGGACCAACUGCCUGCGAGACCCCGAGAAUCAAAUCACCAAGGUCAAGGACGGCUACUGCGAGGAAGUUCAAGAUGGCUGCCCGACGUCCUGUCCACUUUCCGAGCAGCUCGUCUGUGGCAGCAACGGGGUCACGUACACCACGCUGUGCGGACUGACCAGGUCAAACUGUCGAAAGCCUCUGAGCGAACGGGCGACGUUCGCCUACAUGGGAAGAUGUGUUGAAACAACCACAGCGACCCCAUCGCCUGCGGUCAAUCACGUUGCGACAGCUGUUGCUCAAAGAGCACAUCGAAAAGUCGACCUCACCUACGCUAGGCUCUAGGCCAGCGGUUCUCAACAUGUGGGUCGUGACUCCCCCCCCCCACCCCCUUUGAGGAUCGAGUGACUCUUCCAAAGGGGUCGCCUAAGACCCUCGGUAAAAACAACAUAUUAAUGAAGUAGCAACGAAAAUAUUUUUUUUUAAUGGUUAUGGGGAGUGGGUCACCAUAACACGAGGAAGUGUAUUAAAGGGUAAUUGCAUUCGGAAGACUAAGAACCCCAACUCUAGAAACAGAUCAGAUGUAACCACUGCGACGAAUGGUUUAGAUAACUAGCUGGGAAGACAUUUACAUCCCAAAACAUAAUCGCAACUUUUCGUUUAGCCAGAACAAUGCAUUCGAUCUGUAAUGACGUCUGCGGAUUUCAAAAUAUAUUAUGAAAUAUAUCUUUUAACCACCAAUGAAAUCAAUUUUUUUUUUUUUAAAUGAAUAGCCGUUGAAGAAAUAUAAGCAU